AUGGAUUUUGAAAACUGGUUAAGGGAGAUGGAGAAACUAUUCACGGCAACAAACUGCUCUGCUGCCGAAAUGGUACUGAUUGGGACGUACUAUUUAAAGAAAGAGGUGGAUAAUUGGUGGAGUACGGUGAAGGAUGUGUGUAUGGCUACAUCUGGUUUUGGGUGGACUCAGUUCUCCGCCAAGCUGAAAGAGAGAUUUUACCCUGAUGAGUUGCGCUGGCAAAAGCAGGAAGAAUUUCUAUCUCUGACUCAAGGGAAUAUGGACAUCCAUAAGUACACCGACCGCUUCACGGAGCUGUCUAAAUUUGCUGGUACUGUCAUUCCCACCGAAGCUGAGAGGGUUAAGAGAUAUAUAAAGAAGAUGAAUCCGAGGGUGAGGACCCUGGUGCUGUGUUCAGGGGUUACUACAUUUCAAGCUGCUUAUGAGAUGGCCCUUAGUGUUCAUGCUUCAGUGAGAGAGGAAGAAUUUGUUAAGGCCGCAUCUGUGAGGAAGCCUUUCCCGUCUGUUGCUCCUGGUCCACCUAAGAAGCCGAGGUUUGAGUCGAGUUUCCGUGGUGGAUACCAAGGCUCCGGUUCUAGGCAGGGUUCUGAUCCGUCCAAGUGUCGGAGGUGUGAGAAGCCUUUACAUCCGGGAAAGGAUUGUGAGGGUGCUGCUAUUGUUUGCUUCUAUUGUAGAGAGGCGGGUCACAAGAGUUAUGAGUGUCCUAAGAAUCCGAGGGCUACAGCUAAGCCCCCUGUUCCUCCUAGUCUUUCUGCUCCGCCAAAGAAUCGGGUUUACAGUAUCACUCAUUCCGACGCCGAUGUUCAUCCCGACGUCAUCUCUGGUACUUUUCUUGUUAAUUCUGUUCCUGCUUCUGUGUUGUUUGAUUCUGGUGCUUUUGUGUCUUGUGUGUCUAAUUCGUUUGCCAAGAAAGCUAAUUUGACUUCGAGUUCUCCUAUUCGGACUCUUAUUUCUCUACCUUCUGGGGAGAACUACCCUUGUUUGGCCGAGUAUUGUGGAGUGCCUAUCUCUGUGUUGGGUAUUGAUCUGCCUGCCGAUCUUAAGGCAUUCUCCAUGGUCGAGUUUGAUUUUAUUUUGGGCAUGGAUUGGUUGUUCAAGUAUCGUGCUCAGAUUCAUUGCCGCAAUCAAAAAGUGACUCUUCGUAGUCCAUAUGGCAAGCGUAUCUCCUAUAGUGGAGUGGUGUUGAAGAAGGGAGUAAAGAUCGUUUCUGCUCUCAAAAUGCAAAGGCUCCGUCAGAAAGGGAAGCAAGUGUUCCUCUGUAUGGUGAAAGAUUUGACCCAAGAAGCGAAGUUAGAGGACAUCCCUGUUGUCCGUGAGUAUCCGGACGUAUUUCCUGAUGAGCUAUCGGAUAUCCCUCCUGAAAGAGAAGUUGAGUUCAGCAUUGACUUAACUCCUGGUACUGCUCCUCUGUCAAAGGCCCCGUAUAGAAUGGCGCCUGCUGAAUUGUAA